AGCAAAUCGAGAUAGCGGCUCACUUGACUGCGGUGAUUUAACCCGCACGUAAAUUCACCAGUUUCUCCCGAAAUACGUGCAGUAAAAAUGGCAGAGGCCAGUAUUUCAGUGGAACAGGACCAGUUUGUUUGUUCAGUGUGUCUGGAUCUACUAAAGGAUCCAGUGACCAUUCCCUGUGGACACAGUUACUGUAUGAACUGUAUUGCAGGCUACUGGAAUAAGAAGGGUCAGAAGAAUGUUUACAGCUGCCCUCAGUGCAGACAGACCUUCAGUCCAAGACCAGCUUUAGGCAAAAACACCAUUUUGGCUGAAAUGGUGGAGAAACUGAAGAAGAGUAAAGUCCAAGUUGCUGUUCCUGCUGGUGCUGGAGAUGUGGAGUGUGACGUCUGCACUGGAAGAAAACACAAAGCUGUCAAGUCCUGUCUGGUGUGUUUGGAAUCUUACUGUCAGACUCAUUUUUAUCGUCAUGAAGAAUUUCGCUCAGGUAAUCCACACAAAGUGAUCGAUGCCACUGGACGACUGCAGCAGAUGAUCUGUCCUCAACAUGAGAAAAAACUAGAACUCUACUGCCGGACUGACCAGCGAUGUAUUUGUCACCUGUGUAAAAAAGAUGAGCACAAAAACCACAACACUGUAGCAGCUUUAACAGAGAGGAAAAAGAAACAGAAACAGUUGGAACAAACAAAAAGAAACUUCCAGCAGAGGAUCCAGCAGAGAGAGAAAGAUCUAAAGGAGCUGAGAGAGGUUGUGCAAAAUCAUAAGCGCUCAACACAGGCAGAAGUGGAACACAGUGAGAAAAUCUUUACUGAAAUGAUCCACUCAAUUGAGAGAAGCCGCUCUGAGAUGACACAGCUGAUCAGAGCUCGGGAAAAGACUGUAGUGAGUCGAGCUGAAGAAUUUAUGGUGAAACUGAAGCAAGAUAUUGAUGAUCUGAGGACAAAAAACAGAGAGAUUGAGCAGCUUUCACACACAGAGGAUCACAUCCAUUUCCUGCAGAGUUUCCGGCCAUUCUCUGCUCCUCCCGACUUGACAAAUGCAGUCAUAAUCACUGUCAAUACUCGCAUCUUUUACGAUGAUGUUAGAAAAUCAGUCUCUGUGCUUAAACGGACACUUGAACAUUUCUGCAAAGAGGUGACAGGAAAGAUAUCUGGUAGAGCGAGAUACAUUGAGGUCCUUCUUUCAUCUGAGGAGGAAGACGAGGAGGAGGAUGAAGAGGAUUUACAAUUGUCACUGCCUAGAUCCUCCACAGAGCCGCAGUCACUGUCCAGGCAAUUCAGAGAACCAAGGUCAAAACCCAAACCCUCCUCAACCUAGUUGCUGUCCAAACACUUACAGCCCAGAUUCUCCAGACUGACAGAUUCAUGGCCCAAACCCUUCACAACACCAAACUGACAACCCAGACCCUUUACAGUGUCAUGAUGUGUCACACUGUGAUGUGCCAGAAUCAGGGCCUGGAAAAUGUUUAGCUAAAAUGUACCACCAUUUCUGUGGAUAUUCAAAGAGAGCUUUCUUAUUUGUAUGUUUUAUUUGUAUUUACAAACACAUUUCCUAUGUAUAUUUGUAGGCUUUUUGGAAGUAGAUAACUUAAGUCUUAUUUGUCCUCCUAGACUUUAAUAUGCUCUAAACAGUUUGAUUUGCAUAAUGUGGUGAAAGGAAGUUAUUAUAAAAUUAGAUUUUUAUUCUUUGAAAAUAUUAUUUUACACCCUCCAACAUUCAUUUUGUACUGAAGUUAUUUUAAAUUAGAAUAAAGUUAGGUCCCUGCCACAAGUAUUUUUUUUUUUAAUAAACAAGGUUAGAAAAUGUAUUUUAAUAUUUUUAAAAUCUAUUUUUAAUAAAAAAAAAAAACAAUGCCCUGUAUGUGUUUUGUCUCAUAUAUAUUACAGCAAGAGCAAUAUGACACGAGUGCUGAUUUUCGUUUCUGGAUGUAUCUGUGUUUUAAACAAAUCGUGUAAACCAAUUAUUCAAGAGCUCAUUCAUAAAGAGAGCCAUUUACUUUAUUCUUGAAUGAAUCAGCCAUUUGAAUGAAUCCAAUGAAUGAAUGAAUGAAUGACUCAUAAAGACAUUUACCGCCACCUGAUGGCAGAUUUAGUUUCUUAUUUUGCAUAUCAUUUCAUUAAAAAAUAAAUAAAUAAAUACAUAAAUUCUGUCAUUUACUCACCCUCAUGUCGUUUUAAAGCUUUCUUUUGUGGAACAUGGUAUUUUGAAGACUUUUGUUAACAAAGCUGUUUUGGUUAAAAUAACGUUCAUUGUAUGAACAAAAAUACUGAGAUGUUUCUCAAAUGAUCUUCUUUUAUGUUCCAUAGUUUAUAUUAGGCCUUUGCAGCCUAAAUGUUUAUGUGUAAUAAAUUCUAUGUUAAAUCAAAUAAAUGAU